AACAUCGCCCCAAAGGAAAAUCUAUCAAAAGAACCAAACGAUAAAACAUAAUCAUGCCUCCCAAAUCACUCAACAACACCUACAUCCCCCCACCCUCCCCUCAGCGAAACAAAAUCAUCGUCGUCGGCGUAAUAAUGGCCCUGUCCGCCCUCCCCACACCCUCUUUCCUCCUCCCUUCCUCAACUGUUCUUCCGGCGACAGUCGCGCGGUACCUGCGGUACACUCAUAACUCUAUCUACUACUUUCUAUACAUUGCGCAUCUGGUCGAAACCGCGUGGUUUACAACACAGUUGUCCAAGUUUGGGGUGAGUUUCGGAAGCGGCGCGUGGUGGAAAUGGAUGGCGACGAGCUUUGUCGGGGGCAAGUUUUGUUUUGAGUAUUUUGGGAAGGUGGUCGGGGAGAAGAUUUCGUGAGUUGUGGAAGGGGGGGGGUGUGGUUUAAGUGGGGUGAGAUGAGGUAGUUGUGGAUGUUUUUGGGUUGGAAGGGCUGGUGCGAGGGAGGGGUUGCGACUUUUGUGCAGGAGGUCUCAAGGAGGCUGAGUAGAGAGCGAAGGCGCAGUUUAUUUGGAGGGCGGUGGAGGUAUGGAAGGCGCGGGUUUCGUGGCUGGCGGAUAGGGUGCGGAAGGAAGGGAGUUCCGAAGCGUCGAAGUAGGGGCGCAUGGUGUGGUUUGGAUCUUGGUUGUUUUGGAGAGUUUUGAUAUCGGAGGAGGUUUAUUGUGUUUCGUAAAAGAGAAUCUUAGCAAAAGAAUGAUAGGAGAGGCGUAGUAGCGGAUACAGAUCUGUGAAUCGCAAAUCACCCCGGACAGUGAGAAGAGAAGAGACUGAUAUUGA